ACCACAUAUUACCAACAUGAUACAUAUCGACAAAGUUAGUGUGUAGAAGUAUGGCGGCAAUAGGUUUAAUUAGCGAAAGCCAUGCAGUAUACGAGUAUUUACGAAGUCUUGGUUGUUGUCAGCGCUGUUGUUUGCGCUAUUUAGGAGAAAGAGAUUCAAACUCAUACAGCUGUGUUGAAGCAACAUUAAUGAAGGCCGGAAUGGAGAAAGAGAGGGAUUGUGAUAGUGGCCCAGAACGAAAAUUUUUUAAAUAUAAUCCAUGCAUAGUUUGCCUUGGACUUCUGCAAGAAGAACUUUCUGUUGAUGAUGUUGUACAGAAGAUUGUUGAUGGUGUCUUAAAAGCUUCAUAUGACUGUGAUAAUUUUACCUGUGCAUUGUCACUGCCUAUCAGUUUUCAACUCCGAGCUCACUCUCUGUGGUUGCAUCUAGUUGACAAGUUUCCAUUGUCUUUUGAGUUACAAGAACUUCGUCAAGAAACUUAUGUGAUAUCACUAAAAGAAGUAUGGAAGUGGACAGUUGCUCCUCUCAUAGCAAAAGCUAUAAAUAAAGAGAUCGAUUCAGGAAUGAAAUCUGAUUUCUUUGUUGGUGUUAAUAUGGUUUAUUCUGGUGAUGAAGAUGAAUGUUCUUGCUUAUUGGAGAUGCAUGCUGAUAUAUUUAUGAUUCGUAAGACCCAGAAACGUAAAUACCAUGGGAAUCUUUACACCCGGAAAGCAGUGGAUUUAGCACUGCAAACUACAGAGGCAGCUCAUUUUAAACAGUUCUUCCCAUCACCACCACCAAUACCAACUUCAUCAGUUACUUUUGACAACAUAACAUGCACACACAAUUCACUAUUUAUUGCAGGUCGCUACAACAAAUUUUCACGAACACUGAGCCAGACACCCUGGGUUAUUGAUGGUGAAAGAAGAAUGGAAUCUUCAGUUCAAGAGAUCAUUUCUGACAGUCUUCAAAAAGCCAGUAGAGCAGAAGGGAUUAAAUUCUCAGCCUCAGGUCGUGAAGACGUGGAUGUCAGAACUCUGGGAAGAGGACGACCAUUUGUCUGUGAGUUGCUGAAUCCUCACAGGAUAAAGUUCACUGCAGAACAGGUGCAGAGUUUGCAGACAGACAUCAACAAGAAUAGCAAAGAAGUCUCUGUUCGUGACUUGCAGAUAAUUCAGAAGGAUCAGCUGAUGAACUUGAAAGCAGGUGAAGAGAGGAAAAUAAAACAUUACUUGGCUCUGUGCAUUUGUUUGGAUGCAAUUAAGCCAGGAUCUCUAGAACAACUUGGUAGCAUUAAGGAUCUCACCUUGAGCCAGAAGACACCAGUCAGGGUACUACAUCGACGACCACUAGCAACUCGCUCAAGAACCGUUCAUUCCAUGAAAGCAUGGCUACUUGAAAACCCAACAAAACUCUGCAAGAAUGAAAAUGUGACCAUGUUCAAAUUGGACAUUAAAACCCAAGCUGGAACUUACAUCAAGGAGUUUGUGCAUGGAGAUUUUGGCCGAACACAACCAAGCCUUGGCCAGUUGCUAGGGGGAGUGUGUGUGGAUAUAUUGGCAUUAGAUGUGCAGGACAUAGAACUGGACUGGCCACCGGUUAUAAACUGUGCUCAAGGAUGAACAAGUAAAAUGGAAGUGUGCAGUGAAGUACAUAGUAUAAAUAAAAUCAAGGUGGACAAAAUGGACAAGAAAAACAGCACAAGGCAGCUACAAGUACUCUUGUACACAAAUGUUUGUCUUAUAUAUAGAAAGCACCAGUUCACAUCUUUCCUAAGCUAGUGAUAAGCUGACUGAAGUGUUUGCACAUUUCUUCAGUCUUUAGGUGAAUGCAGAGAUAAUACCUUGAAAUAUCUCACAAUUUGCUCUGCCCCGGUGUUUUCCAUUUAAGUGUAUAGAGCCAUCCUCUUAUCUCAUUUAGCACUAAAUAUCUAUAGCUGACAUAAUAUUAUUAAAUAAUGUAUUAAUAAAAUGGAUUGGACUGGAUCUUCAGAGCAAAGGAAAUUCUUGACUUCUAUACCUAAGUUGCUUUACCUAGGCAUAACGGGUCAGCUCCUAAUCCAUGAGGCAUUAUAAGGUUCUGGGCCCUUUAAUUGUACAAAAUUUAAAUGGAAAUAAACAUGGUUGUGCAAUUGAAGGAGAGACAGUAUAACUUUCAUCUCAGUCUCCUGGCAUCAUUCAUGGACAUGUGACUUUCAUAAUAAUUUUGUUUGACAAGUUUCUGUGAAAAUCUGACCACUCAGACCUGACAUGCAGACACACAAACAUUCCCUUUUUAUGUGUGUAAGAACUUUGUAUUGAUAUGCACUUAAAGUGCAAGACUAGAGUUUGUCAAACAGAGAGGACUAUGAGCGAUGCCAGUUUAUUGAAGUUUCCAGCAGGUAAAAUUAAAAUUAUAGUAUAAGCUCUUCCUAUUCAUAAAUUAUUUGUCCACUACAGAUGAAGUAUGGUGGCUAACCAAGACUAAAAGUUAUGAAUAAAAGUACAUUUUGAGCCAGAUCAAUUUACCAUUGUUUUGAUACAGAUAAAUUUGUAGUUUUUGAAAGUACGUCCAUUCAUAUCACACUUUUCUAAAUGUGUAUGUAUGUAUCAAUAGCUGUACAAGUUAAAUAUACUUGAAUCCAA